AUGGCGGAGAACUCCCCAAACGGAAGGACGGUUGUGAGGAGGGCUACAUACGUAGGGUCCCAAGCCACACCCGACUACGUAGUGAGGUCUGUAGCGCUUAAGCCACUAAGUAGAGUAGACACGGUAAGGGUUGAGACUAUAUCAGAGUACGAAGCUGGCUGCUCGGUACACAAGGAAUGCUUUGGUCAUAUGUGCAAGGCACCGGGCGGAACUAUUCUCGUACCACAGAGUCUUGCAUCGUCGAAGGGGGAGACGUCUAAGGACUAUCUCAAGGCUGCGAAGUACGCGUUUUCAGGCGACGCCGUGGGCUACGCUGAUGCGGUGCGUAACCUGAACCUUACAAAGUCAGGUAAGAUGCGCAAGGACAUCCUUGGCAGCGCGAUAGCAGGUAGUGCUAGGCUUGUUAUCGUACCCCAGGUACAGUUCCCCGGUGGUACUGUGGCAUUCCCACGCAACAUAGCAUCGCUUAUGCGUAUUCCAGUGAGGGUUGAAGAUAAGGAUACUGGGAUGCCUACCAACGUAAUAGUUUCGCUAGAUUAUUGUUCGGCAACCCCGAACAUGAAGCUAUUCCCAGAUUACGAACGGACACCCCAAUAUCCGGCCGGAUAUUGA